AUGAAGGUGCAUGUCCUGACUACAGUUAUUUUAGCCUUUGCGGAUUGUCUCUUGUUCAGUGAAAGCCAGGAAACAGAAAAUGGGCCAAGCCAACAUAUGUCAGCCAAUCCGCCUCUGAGUUCCUCACUAGUCAAAGCUGUAGCCAAUCAGACUUCACUUAGCCAGGUCACCAAUGGGAACUCUCCAGCCACUGAAGAGGCAGUACGCUACUUGUCAACAUUCAAGGUGGUAAGGGGACGUAGGCCUCUCUAUGCUGGUGUGAGCCACAACUCCCCUGUUGGGGUUGCAUCUAGAAGCCACUCCCCUGGGCCAUCGGCCCCUAAGGAGGGAACACCAAACAACUCUACAAGUAUUGAGGCUCCACAGAACUUUUCAUCACCUGUCUCAAAGAUGACACAGGACAACCAUCAUGGCAGUGUUCAGACCCACCAUUCCAUGCCCAUCUCCACUGCACCUCAAAGCUCUCUGACAAUCUCCAGGGCAGCCUCCAGGUUUUUACCAUUACCUACGACAACUCGCCUCUCCUUACCAGUCUCCAACAUAACAAAGCCCUCUGCCCUAGACUCCUAUGCAAAGAAUAGUUCUCCAACGGACUCCAGAACACCUGAUCUCUUUUCACCAGGCCCCAGUACAACUCAUGAUUCUAGACCAGGCUCCAGGGAAACAUUCAGUUCUCCACCAGACUCUGGGGCAAUGAAUUACUCUGUUCCAACCUCCAACACAACUCACCUCUCCAUGCCAAUCUUUAGGACAAGGUCCCGCUUUACACCUGCCUUCACUGCAAGGUAUCACUCUGUUCCUGAUUCUCCUGCAACUCAAAAUGCUUCCCCUGAGAGCCAUUCUUUCCCUGCCAAGCACAUGCAAACAGAGCCUUCAUUAGACCAGGCUAGUUUCAAAGAGAUGACAGGUCUUUCUCUAUCACGCUGGCCUGUACCAAGUCAAUCUUUAUCUGAAGUGUCUAUGAUGCCAGAAACAACAAAACUAUCUGAAACAAACUCUGAGUUACCUCUCAAACCUGUAAUUAGACAUUCUUUGCCUACAUUGAAGGGAUCCAGUCAAUCAUCACUUGUCCCAGAUUCUGAAAACUAUUCUUCAUCCUUCAGCAUUCUCUCAGGUUAUCCGAGGUCUACUUUAGUUGAAAGAAACUCUUUUCACGUGGACCAGGAUAAAUCAAGUCGCUCAUCGCCUGCCCCAACCAGUGACCUUUUACCUGUCAAAGCUGCAAAAAGGUCAUUACCUCUUUCCUUGGGAUCCAGUCACUCGCCCCCCACUAGAGUUGUCUGGAAUAAAAGCAAUGAACUAAAGCCUUAUCCAAUUAUUCGAUAUAACUCUUUAGGAAAAGAUCGGUAUCUACUAGCCAAUGGUAGAACAGAUGUCUCCCAGAGUCCCUGGAAUACACCAACCACUCUUUUAUACCCACAAGCUAAGCCAAGCUUAUCCGUGUUUGCUUAUCCUCCAACAAGCCAUUCUCCAUCUAUCCCAGAAGCCCCGAUCAGUACCACUACAGAUACCAUUAGCAGGAUUCUUGAUUCUGACACUCUCAUCACUUCGGUGAAUACAAAUAAUGAAACUCCUGGAUUGAAAAGUCAUGAAGAGGAAGCUACGACCAAUGUAGUUGAUUUUACUACAGCUGGAGAAAAUGAGGUCACCAGUACAGAAAGGAUUACAGCAUUAGCUGAUGCCAUCCCAUGGAAUAAGAAAGACAAUACCACUGCACAUCAUGCUAUUGGUUACUUCCUAAACCCUGAGAAUUUGGCUAAUGAUUUCUUAAAAGAUUCUACCAAUGCUUUAACAGGUGCUCAUGACUUCUUAGAUGCUGGCACAUAUAAGGAAGAAAGAGGGAGAGAUGGCAUGGAUUUAGCUAAUGCUGCUCCCAGUGUGGUAGAAGACAAUAAAAUUAUAGUGGAUAACACAGACCUCCUGGAGGAAGAUUUCAAAGCUUUAAUGAAUACCCUAGAAUUUCCAGGGAAAGAUGAUUUUAUUGUGAUUUAUGUUCCUGACUGGGAGGAAGGCUAUCUAACAGAUGAUGAUGAUGAUGACCCUGUUGUCCUAAAAGAAGAUGGCACAGAUAAGGUGAACACCAGGAUCUUUACUAAAGGAAUGAUAUCCAGGACUAAACUCCCAGUUGGUAUUAAUGAUGCUACUACAUCUAUAAAAGAUGUCAUUCCUUUUACAACACCGAGGGAAAUUCCAGAAGAUGUUGCUUUUCCGACAAGCACUGCUAUCAGUGAAGAUUUUGCCACUAACCCAAAAGAAGAUGCUACAAAUUUUUUUCCUAAAAUGUUCAUGAGGAAAUCCAGUACUCCUGUACCUAACAGUGAUAAGCACUUAGCUUUUACCACAGUAGCUGAAAAUGGCAUACCUACUGGAGAUCCAGUUACUUCUGAAGUAAAUGAUAUUCUAUCUCUAAGGGAUUCUGAGAUCCCCACACAGCAAACUAUUCUCACUCAAUUUAAGCCUGAAAUAACUUUGCCUGAAAAGGAAGAUAAUGGAAGAAAAAAUGUCCAUACUGUCCUGGAAAAUAGCAAUUCAGUUAUUGAAAACUAUGCUACUUUUCCUGAAAUGAAUACCACCAUUCCUACAAGCAUGCCAAAUGUGCCAACUAGACUCAUACCUGACAUGGCUGUCUCCAUGGUAAGCACUGCAGACCCUCUAUUAAACAAUCCCGUUGCUACUCCUAUGAAAGAAGCUAUAAUUAAAGAAUAUUAUGCCAUCACCACCAUGGAAGAUGACUCCACAGUGGGCAGAGGACAACAGAUCUUUCCUGGUAGAGUUAUUCCCAGAAGUUCCACCACUACUCCAAGAGAAAACAUUAAAGCCACAGUUUAUGGUCUUCCGAGGAUGUACGGAACUUCUGCAGAUGGAGACACACCCUUUGAGGGUGACAUAAUUCUGUCUGCCAAAGCAGGUACUAUCGUGGAGGCAGAUACAGUGAUUCUCGCAGAAGAAAACACACCAAAUGAUAACAACUUAAGAACUUUUAUUUUGGAUGCCAAUGACCCUAAGUCUGCAGAUGACUCUUUCUUGCCUCAAUUCAAUACUGCUGAACCCCUAGUAAACAGAACAAAACAUGCAACUUACCUAAUUCAAUCUGAUCCUAGGGGAGCUUUUUCCACAGCUCAAAUUUCACCCUCAAUGUCUGACAGAACUGUUACAAUUUCAAGAAAAGUAUAUUCUACAGGCAGCAAUGAUAUCAUUCCCUUCCUGGAACAAAACCCUGAAUCUGAAAUUAAGCCUCCCACACUGCGAAUCUUCAAAGAUGAUCCCAACUCCAGAGGUGUGACAUCUAGAUCCAUGGGUGGUGGCAGAAUGAGCAAUAGGGCUAAAACCUCAAUAGAAGAAGACACAGCUACUGAGAACAAACUGAUACCUCCUGAAGAGUACUAUGGUGGAUCUGAAAAGGGCAUUGUGCCAAACAUCAUUCCAACUAGUUCUGCAUUUGGAUCUGAUAAUGAUGCUUUUGAUGUUGAUGAUUCUGAUACCAUGGGCUUUUAUAGUGUCCAAAAGGAGUCUGGCAUGACCUUUUUCCCUUUAGGAGACAAAGCAACAAUCCCCAAGGGCCCUCAUUCAUCUUUAACUCAGGCUUUAGACUCCAAGGUGGAUCACACACCUUUGCUGUAUGAAAUGACAGACAGCAAUCCCAAUGUACCUCUUAUAUCCAGCAUGAAGAACUUGAAACCAAUGGCUACCAGAAACAUGGCAGAUGUCACCAUUGAUGGAAUUGAGGAAAUUAUCCUCAAGGACCAAAAAAUUGCAACUGUAAAACAAAAUGAUGAAGCAGUAGAGGAUGUCAGGUUCUUUCUACCUGACAAUUCCAUCCCAGGAAUUAGAAGAGAGGAUUAUGCUGACCUCUCACACACAGACUAUGGACCAGUGGUGAGACAGACAUCUAUCCUUCUUGAUGACAAUAUUAAGCCUGCUGUCAUCAGCACUCCCCUCUGGCCCAAAACAUCUGUUUCCACAAUCAUGGAAGUUGCAAUGGACUCAACUAUUAAACAUGCAGGGAAAGCCCCUCCCAAAGAGACUGAGGACUCUACUCUCACAACCAAUUAUAUCAAUGCUACACAUGAUUCUACUACCAUGGAAGGGGCAGACCCUGCUAAGCCCAUCAUACUAACAGCUAACACUUUUAAGCCUGAUGUUUCUUCUGCUAAAUUGCAAGAAACUUUCCAUGAAGAAGAAGACCCAUUACCUCGUGCCAGCAGGCAACCUUCAGAGCUUUCAGCUAAGAAUUCGGCAAAGAUCAAAGAUGCUGCUGUCCCAGAAUGGCAAAUCACUGAACGUGAUCACAAUGGGCUUCUGUCACAUACGGCUUUUUUUCAAGCUGCUCUCACCACACCAAUGAUUGAGUCCAUCAGUGGUGAACCCGAGACAACUUCCAUUGUGAAUGGAAACCGUGCCACUCAGGAUGGUGGUGUGUCUGAAUUUAGGAGAGAUGGAAAAAGCACUGUUCUUGAGGGAACCAGGAGAAUAACUGCCCUUCCUGCUUUUAGAGAAAACACUGUCAUUGUUAUUGAUACCACCAGAGAUGAAUCUGAAAAUGCUGAAAAUGGUGAAACCUCUGAAUAUGAAGUGAUUCCUUAUGUAGAGAUGACCACUUCAAUAAAGGGAGAUGACCUCCUACAAGGAGAAGAGUACAUCUCCAAUGAUGACCUAUCUAUAGACUUUUCACCCACCAGCGAUGUUGUCUUUGAUGUUUUGGUUACUGAGGAUGAAUCCAUUUUUCCUGAAACAGACGACACCAGUGCCAACACAGACAUCUUUGCAAACUCACCUAACCUCAAUGCAUUUGAGGCUCCUGUAGGUAGUUCUGUUAGUGAUGACACUGCUCCUGACUUAAAAGAAAUUAUUAUGAGUAAACAACACAGUAUGGCUGUUCCUGAUACUACUUCCUUUCUACCUCAAAUUUCUCAUCUGGAGGACAAAAGAAGCAUCCGCAAGGAUACUGCCCCUAACAUGGUCUCUUCCUUCACCCCAGCAUAUACAAUGCCUUUAACAUCUAACAGUGCUGACCCUGCUAUGAAUCCCAUCAUCCUUGAAGAUGAAGGAAUUUCUAUUACAAAAAGUACCCCAUCCUCUUCUAAUAAUAAACUUUUCUUUAGGGUAAGGACUACAACCCAAGCAGCUCAUUUAAAACUCCAAGAAGAUGACGACAGUAACAAUGUGGCUGAAAUCACCAAGUCACAGAAGGAUACCCAUGCCAUGACUUCUGCCACUGACCCAGGCCCUAUCAGCCAACCUGAUGAAGCAACUGAAUUUAUAAGAAGCCCAACUUUACCCCCUGCCAUCUCAUUUAUAAAAAAAGCUACCCUUGUGAAGGCUGAGGUCCCUGCUAUCUCGACUGAGAACACUGAGCCCAAAGAUGGCCUUGCCAGCUUGAGUGUCAAAGCUUUACCUUCCAUGGGAGACAAGGAUGUACUGACAACCACUGCUGUUCCAUGGAUCUUUAAGUAUGAUUCUGUGACUGAGAAAGCUCAAGGUCCUUUUCUUAUAAAACCAGUAGGGACAGAAAGAAUCAGGAACAAAUCUGCAUCUGUUCAAAGUCCUGCUGUCAGCCCAGAAUGGCUCAACGUUGAAGAACAAACUCUUGUCCCAGCCAAUGCUGCUCAGGGUAGGUUUCAUGCCAGCUACAGUGCCCCUGUUCCAGCCACCAUGAUGGUGCUGGGGAACAGUGCAGUGGGGGAUGAGACUUCCAGCCUGUUAUCGGACAACACAACAACACCAUCUGGCCGAGUUCUCCCUACGGCUGCUAGCACCUCCUCUAAAGGAGAUAGCAGAAAUAUGAGUGAUGUCCGUAAGUAUGAGUUGGAGCCUUUUAUAGAGAGAGAUAAGACUAUUGAACCAGAAACACUUGUUCUGACAGAAAGGCCCACAAUACUGGAGGCAAACGAUGCUGUUCUGCCAACAAAAACCACGAGAGAGAAUGCAGAGCUGAUGAUUACCCUGCUCCAUGACAAUAUUCCUCAGGACUCUAGCUCUAUUUCUGAGGAUUCCAGGACAGCCCUUAAAACAGAUGCCACCAGCCCAGUUAUGGAUGCCACUCCACUCACAUAUGGCCCAGAUGGGUUUGAGGCUCCUGCUCUUAAUUCUCUGUCUAGGAUUAUUAUUCUCCCAAGUGAUGCAGGAGUUAUUGAAAAUCACCACACCAUUUUUAUUGGAGAGGAUAAUUCUGACAUGGGAGCUGACAAAAGUAAUUUCAUAGGAGAUCCUGCCAAUUUGAGGGCUGUGAAUCCCAGAACCAUAGAUGGUUCCAACUUUAAUCAAACUGAACGUUCUGCCCUGGCAUCUCUGGACAUGGCAGCUAUAAAUGCCAAUGAUGUGGACUUCCUUCCAGACAUGUAUAAUCUGAGAGUGAAAAAAACCCUUCACUCUUCUGCUCCAGAUGCUGUCCUUCAUAGGACCACUACAAACCCAUACAUUACUGAUAGUACUGAUUCCAACAGGAAGGACAAGUUACCUUUGGUUAAGAAUGACAGACCUCCUACUUAUGGUGCUGUUGGACUGCAAGUAGCCACUACAGCCAGAGCCACUGACCCCAGAACACAGGAGGAUGAAAUCAAUACAGCUGGGCUCGAACUGAUAAACUUUCAAGCAGGGGUGGAUCCUGUGACUUCCUACACUGAUUCUGUUAUUGGUGAGCUUCCCUACGAGAGAGAAGCCCCACCAACUGACCCUAUGACAGAAGGUGCCAUUACACGAGCAUUCAGAGCCGCAUCAGCUGUAGCUAAUGGUACUACCCACUCUGGUAAAGACAAUAAUGCUGAAGGGGAGUUUAUCAUUCCCGGAGGAGACAUUGUUCUGUCCACAGGAGAUGCCCUACUAGUGACAUCUGAAACUCUCUCCCAAAUGCCACAUGUCACAGUUCAUGAAGCCCAACUAUCCGUCUUUACAGAAGAAGACUCUCUAGCUAAUCCUUCAAUGAUAACAGUAUCAAAAGUAUCAGAACCCAUAGUGAAAAACACUGAGAACAAAGAUGAAGACGCCAACCAAGAAGGGCAAAUCUUUAAAUCUCAGAGGGAACCCUGGGCUCUCCCAGUGGACAAGAGACUUCUCACAGCUCACCCCACCUCCUCUGGGUAUUUUUCUAGAAAUUUUGAACAUUCUGCAUCUACCACUGGCAACAGAGUAGCCAUAACUGAAAUAGAUAGUUCUGAUACCCCCUUAAUGCCAUCGGAAACUCUCUCCCUAAUGCCAGAUGUCACAACUGAUGAAGCCCAACUAUAUUUCUUUACAAAAGAAGCCUCCCUGGCUGAUCCUUCAAUAACAGCAACAUCAAAGGUAUUGGAACCCAAGGUGAAAAACACUGAGACCAUAAAAGAAGAUGCCAACCCAGAAGGGCAAAUCUUUAAAUCUCAGAGGGAUCCCUGGGCUCUCCCACUGGAGAAGAGACUUCUCACAGCUCACCUCACCUCCUCUGGGUUUUUUUCUAGAAAUUUUGAACGUUCUGCAUCUCCCACUGGCAACACAGUAGUCAUAACUGAUAUGGAUAGUUCUGAUGACACCCUAAUGCCAUCUGAAACACUCUCCCUAAUGCCAGAUGUCACAGCUGAUGAAGCCCAACUAUCUAUCUUUACAGAAGAAGACUCUCUGGCUAAUCCCUCAAUAAUAGCAGCAUCAAAGGUAUCAGAACCCAUAGUGAGAAACAUAGAGUCCACAGAUGAAGACACCAACCUAGAAGGGCAAAUCUUUAAAUCUCAGAGGGAUCCCUGGGCUCUCCCACUGGAGAAGAGACUUCUCACAGCUGACCCCACCUCCUCUGGGUAUUAUUCUAGAAAUUUUGAACAUUCUGCAUCUACCACUGGCAACAGAGUAGCCAUAACUGAAAUAGAUAGUUCUGAUACCCCCUUAAUGCCAUCGGAAACUCUCUCCCUAAUGCCAGAUGUCACAACUGAUGAAGCCCAACUAUAUUUCUUUACAAAAGAAGCCUCCCUGGCUGAUCCUUCAAUAAUAGCAGCAUCGAAGGUGUUGGAACCCAAGGUGAAAAACACUGAGACCAUAAAAGAAGAUGCCAACCCAGAAGGGCAAAUCUUUGAAUCUCAGAGAGAACCCUGGGCUCUCCCACUGGAGAAGAGACUUCUCACAGCUCAGUCCACCUCUUCUGGUUUUAUUCCUAGAAAUUUUGAACGUUCUGCAUCUCCCACUGGGAACAGAGUAGGCACAAUUGAUAUGGAUAGUUCUGAUGCCCCCUUAAUGCCAUCUGAAACUCUCUCCCUAAUACCAGAUGUCACAGCUGAUGAAGCCCAGCUAUCUGUCUUUACAGAAGAAGACCCCCUGACUGAUGCCUCAAGGAUAGUAGUAUCUGAGGUAUGGGAACUUGUGGUAGAAAACAAUGAGACCAUAAAUGAAGAUGCCAACCCAGAAGGGCAAAUCUUUGAAUCUCAGAGGGAACCCUGGACUCUCCCACUGGAGAAGAGGCUUCACACAGUUCACUCCACCCCCUCUGGGUAUUUUUCCAGAAAUUUUGAACAUUCUGCAUCUACCACUGGCAACAGAGUAGCCAUAACUGAAAUAGAUAGUUCUGAUACCCCUUUAAUGCCAUCGGAAACUCUCUCCCUAAUGCCAGAUGUCACAACUGAUGAAGCCCAACUAUAUUUCUUUACAAAAGAAGCCUCCCUGGCUGAUCCUUCAAUAAUAGCAGCAUCGAAGGUGUUGGAACGCAAGGUGAAAAACACUGAGACCAUAAAAGAAGAUGCCAACCCAGAAGGGCAAAUCUUUAAAUCUCAGAGGGAUCCCUGGGCUCUCACACUGGAGAAGAGACUUCUCACAGCUCAGUCCACCUCCUCUGGUUUUUUUCCUAGAAAUUUUGAACGUUCUGCAUCUCCCACUGGGAACAGAGUAGGCACAAUUGAUAUGGAUAGUUCUGAUGCCUCCUUAAUGCCAUCUGAAACUCUCUCCCUAAUGCCAGAUGUCACAGCUGAUGAAGCCCAGCUAUCUGUCUUUACAGAAGAAGACCCCCAGACUGAUGUCUCAAGGAUAGUAGUAUCUGAGGUAUGGGAACCCAUGGUGAAAAACACUGAUACCAUAAAUGGAGAUGCCAACCCAGAAGGGCGAAUCUUUGAAUCUCAGAGAGAACCCUGGGCUCUCCCAGUGGACAAGAGACUUCUCACAGCUCAGCCCACCUCCUCUAGGUAUUUUUCUAGAAAUUUUGAACGUUCUGCAUCUACCACUGGGAAUAGGGUAGCCACAACUGAUAUGGAUAGUUCUGAUGCCCUGCUAGUGACAUCUGAAAGUCUCUCCCUGAUGCCAGAUGUCACAGCUGAUGAAGCCCAGCUAUCUAUCUUUACAGAAGACGACGCCCUGACUGAUGUCUCAAGGAUAGUAGCAUCUGAGGUAUGGGAACCCAUGGAGGAAUACACUGAGACCAUAAAUGAAGAUGACAAGCCAAAAGGGCCAAUCUUUAAAUCUCAGAGGGAUCCCUGGGCCCUCACCCUUAAGUCUAUGAUUCUUCCAGCUGACUCACCAACUUCUAGGUUUUCUCCCACCAAUUCUGAACAUUUUUUACCUACUACAGCAGCUGCUGUCUCUUCCCCUAUGAAAGACAUUCCAUCUAGGACUGAUGGCCAAAGAGGCAAUUCUGAAAGGCUCGUCCUUGAAGCCAUGCCUUCAGAAGGGUCUUCUUAUAUAGGUGCAAGACCAACAACAAAAGAAGAUAUGGCAACUCAAGCUGAAGGAAACCCUCCGCAUGAUACGGCCUAUAAUGACUUUGUGUCAGGCAAUGCUGCCAACAGAACUGGUAGGAGUGGCACAAACUCUCUUCUUAUUCCCACUGACAUAAAGAUGGCAGUGGAUGGAAAGAGUACUGCCUUCAGGAGGGAAAGGGCUGGUAUUGAAUCUGAUGGCACUAAGAGCCCAACUGAUAAGACAAAUCCUGAAACAGUGGCUACUGGAACCCUGGUGAAGGCAACCCCCGGUGUCCAAGAAAUUGCUUUUGUGGAAGAAAAGAGUGGAGAAGCCGACAGGGUGGCUGCAUCCUUUCUACCUGACAUAAGAGGCCUAAGGAGUAUAAGGAGUUAUGAUGCCCUCUCCAUGGGAGACACAAGCCCUUUUACCACUGAUAGUACCACCAGCAACACCAUGCCCAGCUAUGAAACACCUGCCUCCCCCAAGAAUGUCACAGGAGCCACAGAUCACAAAUCAGAAGCCCCUGACACUGCUGCUGGUGUCAAAGCCCGUGCAAAGGAAGGUGAAGCAGCAGUGGUAGAAAUAACCAACCCCCAGAAUGACAUCCUCCCAGUAACUUCCACCAGCAUCCCAGCAGCUGAAGGCUUUUCCUAUGUGGAUGAUGGUACAGAAAUUGUCACAGACUGGGUGACAGAUGCUACUGUGCUUAAUGCAUAUGCUGAAUACACUGAAGCAGGAAACAACCAGGCCAUUUCUGAAGGGAGUCCUUUGUCCACAGGAUAUAAUAGUCCAUUGUCAGCUAGGCAUCUCACCCUUCCAUAUGAUCAACGUCGCACAGUUCACCCUGCAAAAGAGGCCCCAGUCAGCGUCAUUAGAAUACCCACAGAAAGAAGGAAGAUAGAAGCUGAAAAUCCAUCCACCACUGGCAAUCCCAAUAUCCCAGACACCCCCACCGUAGCAGUGACCACCACCUUUCAAAACACUGACACCACAGUCUAUAUCUCUAGACCUGAGUAUGAAAUACUUACAGAAGAAGACUCAAGACAUGAACCUGAAGGAAGAGAGGAAGAAGAAGGUGAUAACAGCAUCCUAGAGGUGGCAGAUAUUACCCCCUUUCUCUCAUAUGAUAGCAUCCUCCCAAGAGAUGAUCUUGCACCUGAAGGUUAUUUGAUUAAUUCUGAAGAAGACACAGCCUUCACCCUUGAUCCAAAUGGAUUUCUGACUCAUAGAGGAUAUUCCUUGGCUAAGGCCACAAACUCUCCACCUGAAACAGCUGCUUCUGAGUUUGAAGAAAUUGUUGUUUUAGAAAAGGAUGGUCUGGCUGACACAGAUACUGCCUUCCCUCUUCCUGAUAUUUCUCAUCCAGAGAGGAAAAGAAAUGCCCUAGGGGAUGAUCCCAUUGCUCUAGAGAGAGCCAAGACCCCCAUGGCAAGCAGCAGGGACCUCCCUUUGGCUUCCACCAAAACAGAAGCUUUUGCUUCUGAUAACAACAUUACCCAUGAAGAGGAUCCCAAUGAAGUUUCUGUGGCUGAGCUAAAGAAGUUGCAAGAGGUGGUUGCUGCUCCUAUAACUUUAUUCAUCACUCCUGAAGCUGACAGCUCCCAUGCAAACACUGAACCCUGGAUGGAUGUGACAGCUACAAGUGCCUUUGUGCCCACAAAGAGGAGCAUCCGAGCUAUACCUAAGGCCACUACUCUUAAUGCUGGAUACUUGAAGCCUCAAAACGACUCCAUUGUUUCUGAGGCAGAUUCCACUCUUGUGUUCAUAGGUGACACCACUUUACUAAGAGAUGAUCCUUUAAACUUUAACCCAGAUUCCACUGCUGGAAUUUCCCCAGAAACUUUCCCUUCGAAGGAAAGCUCACGGGAUGAUGCUGAUACCACUGUGCCGGAGGCCUCAGGGCUUGUUUCUGAACCUUUACCUGUUAAUGUGGCUCCUAUCCCAGAAUGGAAUGUCAUCAAUGCUCACAGUGACCCUCAGGCCCUCCAGCUAGAAUCUACACUUCCUCCAGCUGAUUCUGCCCUCUUGCCAAGGAACUCUGCCUAUACUGAUCUGGAUACAGUUGGCACAGUAAAAGAAGACCCGGCCACAAAGACAGCCACCUCUGGUGAAAAGAACCCGUCUCCUAAGAGACCUAUCUCUGUAGCUGCUCCCUUUAACCUGAGGGAAAAUACUGACUUUACGAUUGGAGCUAUUCCAUAUGAGGAGAUGGCCUCUGAUGAGCAUGAAAUAGCAUUUGACAGGGAGGAAGAGGAUGCUAUAGCAGAAGGAGAUGAUGUUGCUCAGGACAGAGAAAAUACUCCAAAUUCCACUUACUCUUCACCUUUUAUGUCACGUAACAAUAUCCUUGAAGGGAAAAAUUCAGACCCUGAGGAUGGCUCGAUUUUCCAUGAAGUAAUUAACAACCACGUCAUCAGUGAUGCUGUCAAUCCUCCACAUCAAAUAACCACUAAUGGAGAAACUAAAGCUGGUGAUUCCAUUAGUCUCGGAGAUGAAAAACCUUCCACUCUAGGUGACUCAGCUGCUCAGACAGCUGAUGACAACAUUAAGACUAUCACAGUUCACACCAUCUCAGACAGAACACUCAAAAUGACCACUGAAUUUAAAGGAAUUACCAACCUUACCUUCCAAUAA